GGUUCUUGUUCAAUUCCAUCCAAUCAUCCAUAUAUAUAUUAUUCCAUAUCCAUAUUCCAUCUUCCAUUCGUUACCGUUUUCCGUUUACGUACUUGUACUAUAACUAUUCGUACUUCACGCUUCACGAGUUCACGUAGUUGUAGUUCUUCACGUCAGCUGCAACGAUGUAUGGAGGGAAACGAGCAAGGCCUAAAUCUCACGAAAAUUCCCAGGAAUUGGAUGAAAAUGCGUGCCCAAACGCCACGAAGAAAAGGAGGACAGAUAAGGACUUUGAUGUGAUAGGAGAUAAAAGACUUGAAUUGGAUGAUCUUACAAGCAACUUUUCUGAAGAUGAUGAAAGCACCUACACAGACAGUGAUGACUCAAUUCCUCUUCACAGGAGCGAUCAUUCCCCUAAAAAGAAAAGGCCCAGUUCGCCUCCAUCCAACCACAAUGAUAAUAAUGCUAAAAUGCUCUCCACACCGGACAACAAAUAUGUCCUCAACGAUUGCAUUCAAAAGAAUUGCCACUUCAACAAACUCUCCGAUGAAAUGAUGCUGUCAAUUUUCUUGUGGCUGCCCAAGGUGCAGUUAAGCCGGGUGGCUUUGGUUUGCAAGCGUUGGAGGUGCAUUGCCUAUGAUGACACUCUUUGGGGCCGUCUGGACCUUAACAACAAAAGUCUGCACCCAAGAAACUUAGAACAUGUGCUUAAAAGAGGAGUCCUUGUCCUUAGACUGACUGGCGCCAUCAUUCCAAGUCCUGUGAUCAAACCCAACAGCUCUUACCUUCCACUCAAUUUUGUGAGCAAAAUCCAGUAUUUGGACCUAACUAUGGCUCAGAUUUCUGAUGAAGGCCUUGCUGAAUUAUUGAAAACUUGUCGUCAUUUACGCAAACUCAGUCUGGAAAACUGUCCCCUCAACCAAGCUGUCUGUGAGCAAAUUGGCCAUAAUGUGGAAUUGGAAGUACUUAACUUGACCAGUGCCACGGGCCUAAAAUCAAAUGGGUUGGAGGCGAUUCUUGCCUGCUGCACCAAACUCUAUGCACUUAACGUGGCCUGGACAGCCAUGGAUCAAGAGACUCUCAACACUCUUUCAGUAACUCUAUCCCAGUCCAUCAAGUAUCUGAACGUUGCUGGCUGUAGAAAAAAUCUUUCUGAUGAUCAUGUCAAGAAAGUGAUUGAGAAGUGCCCUAAUUUGGAAGAACUUGACUUAAGUGAUUGCACGAACUUGACCUCUGUCACUCUGGAAUGCAUAAUUGCUAAACUUGAUAAACUGGAACACCUUUCUCUGAGCCGCUGCUACAACAUGGCUAACUCAAACUUCAAAUCGUUGGAGAAAAUGGAGUCUUUGGAUUACCUCGAGUUGUUCGGGGUAUUGCAUGACUCUGUGCUCAAUGCUCUAACAAAUGAUAUGGAGACGAUUAGCAUAAAUCAUUUUCCCUUCUCCUCUAUUGCUCGUCCCACAACUGGCUACCGCAGAACAAGUCUUUGGGGCUUACGAGUUCGUGACUGAUAAACCAAAACUUUGCUUCCACUGCCUGUGACACCAAAUAGAGGUAAAUUGUUAAAAAAAAAAUGUGGAUUUGAGCAAUGUACCUCAUAUCAAAAAGCAUAUCCUGUUCUUUUGGUGCCAGAAUAUUAUAUUCGCAGAUUGAUUGUUAUGUUCGACUGAAUCGUGUCAAAAUAUUUCACAAAUGAAACACGAAAGAUUUACUUUGGUCCACUUGUUCUACUUUUUAGGAUGCUGAAGGAUCAAACUUGGUUCUCAAAAUUGGCUUUCAGUUGGUUAAAUAUUGAGCAGAGAAAAAAAUUGAGUGGCUCUUAAGAAGUAAAAUAUAUAAGAAUAAUAAAGCUACGCUACUUGUAUACCAUUAAAAAAGCAAAAAAAGGUUAGUAAAAAUAAUUAAUGCUCAAUAGAAUUCAGCACUGAUUCCAGGCUGAUUUUCAUAAAUGUGUUCCUUUGUUAGUUGCCAAAAGAGCAUCAUUCUGCUAAAAGAAACACGCUUAUAUUGUAAUUGUUAUGUGGUAUAUAAUGCUUAACAAAAUAAAGAAAUCUUGUGGGGGUUUAGUUUUUAAUGCACUGUACAAACUGCUCCUGAAAAACCAAUUUUUACAUAAUCCUCAACCAUAAAUCACCUUCCUUUAUCUAAAAAGAAUUUGGUUAAGGCAAUAUAGACUUUUCAAUUCUUUCAUAUUGUUUCAUAUGGAUUUACAGUAAAAAACUUAUGGACACUAGAUUAUUUCAGAAAUCAGAAAAAGUUGAUAAUUAAACAAUAAAAAUUACAUGGAAACUUUGUCAUCGAAACCCCCAAAUAUUAACGCUUUGAGGAGGAUAAAUUUGAUUCUACUUUAAGUCCAGUGCCAGAAACAUGUCUACUUCCAGAAACUUGGAAUAUGGCUAGUAACUAUUUUUUGAAAACCUAUUAUCGAAAAUGAAUAUUGUACAUAUUUUUGUGAUUACUUAAUUGAGUUACGAUUUAUUUGAGUGGCCAAACCGGCAACAAAAUUUUGCGAUACUGCUGUUAUGGGAGUUAAAGAAUAAAACCACCUUGGGAAGUGAACCGCCAACUUUGAAAUUU